ACUCCUGCACUAGAGGAAACGUCCACUGUGACAGCCUUGACGCGCCUGCUCAGCCUUCACUCUAGAGCCGGGAGUAUAAAGCUGAGAGGAACUAGCUUUUCCCUACCUCUUUAGACUUUGGUGACGUCUACGAGGAAGGAAGUCCUUGAUUUGUCGCUACAGCGCAUGCUAAGACGAGGGAGUGGGUUUGUGGCAGAAGCAGCUGCCGGUGUCAUAAGUACGAGACAAGCUGGUGUGUCGCUGUAGGUGUUGGGAUGUAUCACAGCAGUACGCAGAGGCGCCACUGGACAUUCCGCAACGAGGAGGAGCUGAGCCGGCGCCGGGCCGAUGCCAACCGCAGGUUCCGGUGCAAAGUGGUGGCCAAUGGGAAGGUUCAACAGAAUGACUGCUUUAUUCUUGAGCCACAUGAAGAACUGACAAUUUGUAAAUACUAUGAAAAAAGAUUACUGGAUUUCUGCUCUGUCUUCAAGCCAGUAAUGCCCAGAUCUGUGGUGGGAUCAGCUUGCAUGUACUUCAAACGUUUUUACCUCAAUAACUCAGUAAUGGAGUAUCAUCCUCGUGUGAUUAUGUUAACAUGUGCAUUUUUGGCAUGUAAAGUUGAUGAAUUUAAUGUGUCCAGUGCACAGUUCGUUGGUAACCUUCGUGAAAGCCCAAUAGGACAGGAAAAGGCCUUGGAACAGAUCUUGGAAUAUGAAUUGCUACUUAUUCAACAGCUGAAUUUCCAUCUUAUAGUGCACAACCCUUACAGGCCAUUUGAAGGCUUCUUGAUUGAUCUGAAGACUCGUUAUCCAUUGCUAGAGAAUCCUGAGACACUGAGGAAAACAGCUGAUGACUUUCUUAACCGGGUAGCUUUGACAGAUGCCUGCCUUCUAUAUACACCUUCUCAGAUAGCUCUCACUGCUAUCCUUUCUAGUGCAUCGAGGGCAGGGAUCAAUAUGGAAAGUUACUUGUCAGAAAGUCUAAUGCUGAAAGCUUCUCUCUCUCACUUACUGGAUGGCAUGAAAUGCAUGAAAAAUCUGGUGAAGAAAUAUGAGCCACCACAUCCGGAAGAAGUUGCUGUUCUGAAGCAGAAGCUAGAGAAAUGUCAUAGUUUGGAACUUGCUCUUAACACAAACAUGAAGAAGAGGAAGGGCUAUGAAGAGGAUGAAUUCUUCAUAAAGAAAUCCAAAAUUGAUGAGGAUGAAUGGACAGAUGAUGACUUCAUAGAAUGAUAGUAACUGCCAACAAAGAUGAAAUCUUGAACACAAGAGGAAUUUAGAUUCCUACAACUCGUAGCACAGUUAUCCUAUUGCUACUGUAAUAAAUAACUUCUUUUAUUAAA